AUGUUCAAAAAUGAAAAGCACGUACCAAGGCGCGAACUCGAAUUUGAGUUUGGAAUCAACCGAAAACUUCUCCUGGAUAAUUUAUACUACCACUCCCAAUUCAAACGGAAACGAGCGUAUUUUCUGAUAACAGAUGCGGUUUUCAAAGGAUCGCUUAUCAUUGCAUACUCCGGAUUUUUCAAGCUUUCAAAGGAACCUAAUGAGUCAUUGGGAAGUUUUGGCAAGCUUAUCUCCACAUCUGUUUUAUUUUCAAUCAUUUUCGUAAAGUUUUUUUAUGAUGUUUACUACCAACCAUUUCGUACUUUGCUGCUCAAUAUGCUCAACUACGCCUGUUUGAUAUUUUUAUUUUGCAACGCGGUUUUUGGCUUGAUGUUGAAUAUUCCCGGCCUGGAGUCGCCUUUCCAAGAUCCUGAAUAUCUGAAACCUCUUUUAAUUAUGGUCAAUUUGUCGUGGUUCUUGUUUAUCUUGGGAUGGAUUUUCUACGCAAUUUAUAAGUCAAGGCACAGGAGAAUCUGGCCCUCGCUUUACUCAAAAGAUCGGAAGAGCUAUCUUGUUGGCAAUAACGAGCGCUUUGUCGAAGCCCUUAGAGAAGCAUGUGAUGUGAUUGAGCAAUCACGCGCGGUGGUGCCUCUUUUCGCACCUGCUCAUCGUCUCAAGUUCCAGAUAUUGAAGAUGAAUGCACUCACAAGAGAAGCAGAGUAUACUUGCGAGAUUCUGCACCCCACUUUGCAGGAGUGCCUUCAGACUCUUAUUGAGACUUAUGGAACUGUUCAGAAUUCUUCAAUGUUCACUUCUGUGGCGUCUAACAUGAAUCAAAAUCACACAGCUGAAGAGUUGUUUGCUUUGAUACCAGAAUUUGCAGAAGCUCUGGCAAAACGAGACCUUGAUCUUGCGCUUUCCCGUAAGCAUUGCCGACGAUCUCUUCUCAAAGUUUCUGCUUUGGCUGCAUUCAAAGCUGCCGGGCAGAGAGCAAAUUUUCUCCGCAACGUUCUCAACCAAGCAAAAGAAACAUCCGAAGCUUAA